AUGAGUUAUUCCAAUGAUCACUAUUAUCGGCCAACGCUCAACAACAGCCAGCACGUAGAUCCACCUCAUUCUCCAGCAUCUUUUGAAAAACCUAAUCAUCACGAUCAUAGUUCCCAACAACAAAUGGGUGGUGGAGGUGGCUAUUACGAGGAUUAUAGAACGCCUAGUUAUCACAACAAUGGUAGUGACCAUGGGCCAUCAUCAUCACCCUAUCAUUACAACAAUGAAAAGAACAGCUACAGCGGCUCACCCCACCCAUCAGCAGCUCUUGUACAAGGCGAUCACGGUUCAUAUUAUAGUCCACAACCAGCCUAUGGUCAUGAUUCAGCAUAUCCAAUGGCUGACGAUCCUGAAGGUGCAGCACAGGAGAAAGCAGCAUCAUCACCACAGCGUAAACGUACAUGUUCCAAUUACAUUUGCUGUCCAUGUUGUUGUUGCUUACCCAUGUGGACACGAUACAUUUGCUGUAUCUUGCUUUGUAUCAUUGUUGCACUGGCGAUCGCAGCGGGUGUCCUUGCAUCACAAUUUAAGCCUCCGAGCAUUGACAUGAAUGGUGUUGCACCGGAUCCUAAUGGCUUGCCAGCUUUUCAACGAGCAGCUGACUUGUCAUUUACCAUCAACCUUGGAUUAAAAUUUGGUGUGAAUAACCCCAAUGUUGAAUCUUUGACCCUGGCUUCUGUCAGCACCAAGGCGUAUUACCCCACAGCACCCGAUCGCGUAGCAGCAACCGGUUAUUUGGAGGAUAUCCAUAUUCAAAACUAUGGGUUGACCAAUUUUACGUAUCCCAUCCACAUGUACUAUAAUCAAGCAUCGGAUACCAAUCUGGCCAUGCUACGCGAUAUUUCUACAAAAUGUAGCUCUGGUCAACAAUUGCAAGUGAAUGCUGAUAUUUCAGUAGUGGUCAGCAUCAUUGGUAUCCAUAUUCCUAUCCCAACCAUUCAUCAUCCCAUUUCAUUUGAUUGCCCAAUCCCGAGAGAUCAGCUGGCAACUCUCGCACCAUCACUCGGCAAGAUGCUACCAUCAUAA